CUCGAAAGCAUCCUCCAGCAUUCUCACUCUCAUCUAAACGAGAAGACGGUCUAUGUUUAAAGCUUAAAGCCGGUAGAAUAAGCGGUCAAAUAUUUCCAGAAUUUUUUUUCUUGUCAUUUACUUUUAGAUUCAUCUUUUGCUAUUAAAUAAUACUCUUUUUAAUUAUUGUGUUACUGUAAUUUACCCUGAGCGGGUACUUUUUUUAGUAACAAUUCAACAUUUAAGCCCUGUGUCAGGUGAAACUUUUUAAAUAAAAGCGCGCAAGUGUAAGAAUAAUAUUUUUAUAAUUAUUACAAGGUGAUUUUAAAUACAUCGUCAGUGAUUUUAAAGAAUAAAAAAUGGCAUUAUUGAGGUUUCGUGUUGUCACUAUUGUAGCUGCCUUUUGUUACCUUUCUAUUAUUGACAGUGCGGCUAUUACUGGGGAAGUAACCGAAAAAUUCGACCGCGGUGCUUUGAAUGACACGCCGAAGUUAAAUUUUGAACAUGGUACUGAAAUUAGUACCAGUAAUAAAACCGAGAUCACUAUUUGCGAUAAACAGCCAUGUGCUUGGGCUAUUUAUUAUCCUAGUACACGGACAGUUUACACCUAUAUAACGAAUACCUGUAAAUGCCCAGAGCAAAAACCCAGUUGCGAUAAGACACACGAUGACUUGUCUAUCAGCGCUUACGUUCAUCAUUGUCGUCCGAGAACAAUUAAUAGUGAAAAUCCGGAAAUUCUUAACGAAAACUAAUUAUUUUUCUAAUACUGCUAAUUUAUAAAUUAACUGUAAUUUUUAUUUCAAACAACUUUAUGUAUAGGAGAGUUAAUAUUUAAGUCAAAACUUAUUGGUAUUAAUUAUAAUAAUUAUUUUUAUUAUAAUGAUCAAUGUAAGAACUAGUUUGUUAUUAUCUUUCAAAUUUUCGUGAAGAAAAUAUUAAACAAAACGCAAGUUUUUUUUAUAUUUAUAUUUUAAGAAACUAGUUUUACUGCCUUGCAAGGGCAGAUAACAUGUAUUGUGCUUUUUUUUUUCUCGAGAAUUUUUAAUGUGCCAUAAUAAUUACAUCUAAGGGUACUAAAAAUUAAA